UCGUGUGUCUGGAUUUUCAAAACCCUACCGGCGGGACAGGGAUUCUCAGGUGCCAUUACCGGCUGAGCGAGUGAUCUUAUGUCCAUCGUCAUCAUCCGGUCUGUUAGUCCACCGCUGCUUGCGCCAACUCUACGCCCAACUUGGUUUGGUGAUUUUUAUGUGUGUGCUGCUUGCUGUGGGAAAGAAGAAGUAGACACCUCCUACAUCGUGUGAUGAGGAUUGCAGGUGUCUUCUAGAUUUCGGUCAGAAUCUCCAUUUUCUGAGUUGAGUUCCAAACGAAGAGGAAAAGGGAGGGGGGAAGUCCUACUCAUUUCCUUUCUGGGGACGCGUUAUGCAGCGGGUUGGGCAGGCGCUUGGCUUCGGCGUGGCCUCGGUCUCUCCUCGUGCUUCUCCUAGGAGAGCUAUUCAAAAGGUGUCAUGUGCACUACAUGGUUCAAAUACUCAGUGGUGUGGAUUAGCUUUUGCUGCUCUUCCUGAUUCAUCUAAGCCUAAGAAGCAGGGGAAAAGAUUGCCAAAACAAGAAAGGCGGUUGCUGGUAGAGAAGUUUGUCCACAAGUAUAGAGCUUCCAAUAAUGGAAAGUUUCCUGGUGUUAGACUUGCUAGAAAAGAAGUUGGUGGUUGCUAUUAUGUCAUCAGAGAGAUUAUUCAGGAACUAGAAUAUGAACACAAAUGUCUUGGUGUGGACAAGAUAGAUGAGUUCCAGUUGGAGAGCGUGGACGUACAGCAUCUUGAAGCCACUGAUGAGCAGGAGUCUGUGGUUGAGGUUCAAGAUGUCCCGAUUCCUGUUGCUGAACCAAGUAUUUCUCUUGAAAAGAGUGCUAUAGCUCAGGAUGUUACUCCUGGCAAGGAUGUAAGGUCGUCAGAUUCUUCUCUGAUAACAGAAGCAGCAGAGAAAGGCCCUGAGUUGAGCCAAACACAUAGACCAGGCAUAGCAAAGGGUGUUGCUGAAGAUUCCAGUUCGGAAAAUCAGGUGGCUGCCAGCAUUACUGCUGGAAAUGAAUUGAGUACUGUUUCUUCUGAAGCCUAUGUGUCAGAAGAAGAUUCAACUGCUGAUCAGACUGUAUUGAAUGAAGUGCUCUCUAGUUCUCUCAAACCCGAGAGUGUUGUCAAUGACAUGCCAGGUCCUGGGGAACCACCUGCCGACAAGGAGAUUGAAAACACACGUGAAAAGCUGCUGGAUCUAGAUACUACUGAACAGAAACAUCCUUGUGAUAGACAAGAAGGCCGUGAAAGAUUGAAUCUACAGAGAGAACUGCCCACAAAGUCCGACUUUGAAACUAAGCCUUCAGUCAAGCAGAAAACAUUUUGGGGAAGUCUCAAGGCCUUGGCAGAUGGCAUCGUAACCUAUUGGACAAAGAAGUGAAGUCAUGUAGAGGAAGCUCUAGUUGUUCUCCGUUCAUUGUCUGGAGACACUGGAUUUUGUAGCACGACAUGGUGCCAGUUCAAUUGGUUUCUUGUUAUUAGGUAAUUUUUGGUAAUGUAAAGGGGCCGACGGGUUAUCAUCAUGUUUCCAACCAGUCUUGAAUUGUUCACCGGUUACAACAGGCCGUGUGAGCUACCAGGGACGCGUGUUAGAAAUAUUUGGACUGGUGUGUAUGUACAGGCUACUGGAAACAUAUAAUCAGGAAAUGUAAGAACCGUGAGCACCAUCUUGAGCUGCUCGGCAAAAUAGAUUGGACUACUCGUAUGUUGAAA